UAUGUUAAACCACUUGGAUCUUUUGGGACCAAAACACGACCACGAACUAAGCCAAAGUAAAUCUUCCGAUACAUAAGACACUUUCACGAUAAUCUUUUCACAUCGAGUAAUGCACAAAAUUGGAUGAAGAUGGGUUGUCGAAGUUUAAAGCCUCUUAAAAAGGACAAAUCUCAGACGUUUCAAGCAAUCAACAAAGAUCUUCUGCCGUUCAAGGCCUUCUAUUUCUUUUUUCUGAGUGGAUUUGGCUCGUUGUUUCCUUAUUUGCCAGUUUAUUUUCGACAAAUUGGACUACCUGCAAGUCAUGUGGGAUUGCUGAUAGGCUUGAGACCUAUCGUUCAGCUUGCAAGCGCCCCAUUUUGGGCCAUCAUGGCUGACAAAUACAAGAAACGCAAAGCUAUUCUGGUUAUGUCAAUAUUAGCUUGGCUUGUGAUGACUUUAGCUAUGGCUUUCGUUGAGCCCACUGAUGGGAUCUGCGAAGUGCGAGCAGAGAAUGAAACCACAUCAAGAUUCGUAAAUUAUACAAAGAUUAAGACAGGGUUCUUCCGACGUUCGUUUCCUGAAGAAGAACAAGAGAAUGUGUUGGAACAGCGGAGUGCAGACCUCGCUGCAGCUUCAAUUAUGAAGCAAGUGUCUUCACAAGAUGCGUUAAAAACAGAGCUUCAUCUUGCAUCUUUUCAGAACGUACUGGAAAUUAAAGAUAUAUCGAAGCCAAAUCAUCCAAACGUGGUUUCCACGAAAACAGGACAAACAGACACCAAGGCAACCUCAGACUUGGCUUCCUCAUCACCACCAAACUUUUCAAAUGACAAAAAUAUUUUUCGUGUUGAUAAAAAACCAUCUGAUCCAAUCGAUAUUCAACCUGACUGGAAAAAUGAUCAAAAGAAACUGAAAAGGAGUAAAGAAGGGAAUGUUGGAGGGUUUGGCAAUAGGAAUCAAAAUCCACAAAAUAAUCACAUCGACCAAAACAAGAACGCAACAGGAGACGCUGUGUCACAAGUCAAUAAUAAUUCUACCAUCACAGAUAAAAAGUCAACAUCACGUUUUGAAAAUUACAAUGGUUAUCAUUCCAAAACUCAAAGAACACUACCAAGACUUUUAGCUUUUACGAAAAAGGCGAUUGCAACAGACUUCCAAAGUAAAACGAGGAAAAUUCCAGGUUUUUUAGUUGCGAAUGUCAGUCAAGGGGACAGCAAAAGUGGCAAAAAAACAGGUGCCAAUUUGACAGAGAUUAAUAACCAGCACGAUUCUACGAGCCAGAAAGAAAAAAAUCUUCAUCAAGAAGAUGCUAUGCUCCUUUCGUCUCCUCGUAAGACAAGGCACAAAGUAAGAGGAAUUGUAGUUCAAUUUUCCCAGGGAGAUUUUGAUAACUCCCAUUCUACCAAGGAACAGAACGUUCCUACUCACAUGGAAUCUGGAAACAAAGAGGUUGAGAGUGGAAGUGCAGAAGUGGAAGCGUCUGGAAGUCACGAUGGAGAAACAUUGACCACCAGUUACACAGAAAACGUCAAAGAUGCUGCACAGAAACUUAAAAUACAAAUCGCAAAAAGUGUAAACUUUUUAAGUAGCAUGGCUGAAAAUUCAAGCAAAAGUCUUCUUCAUCAAACUAUAGCGAUGUUUUCACACAAAAAUGCAACAAUUCCAACUAAUUCAGAAGACCAAAGAAAUACUUCACAACUUUCCAAUGCAUUCAGAAACUUAAUCAAGUUGAGCCAAAAGUAUAUCUCUUCAGAGGUCCCUGCUGAAGGUUCAGCAGAGGGUUCCUCUUCUCUCCACACAAAACACGAUUUUACUAGCUUGGCUCAUUUGAUGCUUAACCAAAAGGAUGACUUAAAAGACUUGGACAAUCUCCAUCAAGAAAAGAUGGGAAAUACCAAUAAGGAUGUUAUUCAUCAUAACGUUUUGCCCGAUCAUAUCUUACAAUACAGCCAUAGUAACAAGACAACGGUAUUACAAGACGAUAAUGUGCAGGAAGAAGUUACAUCUGGCUCUGGUAUGGGAAUCCUACGAGAGUUGGCGCCUCCAACUUCAGAAUCUCCAAUCAGCCAAUUUAAAAUAAAGUUUAUAAAUGUCCUAAAUUCGAACAAACUAGAAAUGAGUCGGAUUUUUACAAUUUUGCUCAUCAUAGUGGUAGUAGGAGAAUUUUUAGAGUCGCCGUCUUUUACAUUAACUGACGCUUCACUUCUCGAAAUACUCGGAGAAAACCGACGAUUUUACGGAAAACAGCGAUUGUGGGGCUCGAUAGGCUUCGGAGUGUGUUCGUUUAUAGCCGGUCUUUUGCUGGAGCGUUCGGGGCAUGUUGUUUGUGGUGAACAGUAUACGGAUUACACGAUUUGUUUCUGUUUUUUCGGUAUCCUGAUGUUCCUGACUCUUUUCGUUACCACCUCGUUUGACUUCCAUUAUAGCGACGUACAGUCUAGUAGCGCCAGUGUUUUGUCAUCUUUAUGCAACCUGCACUAUGGAUCGUGCCUUCUAGCUGCUUGUGUUAUGGGAAUAGACUUCAGUAUGUGUCAUAACUUUUUAACCUGGUUCUUAGAUGAUCUUGGAGCCACUAAGUCCCUAAUGGGCCUGGCUGUAGUCUCACGCGCAUUUGCAGAUACAAUUACAUUCUAUUUCGCUGGUUCAAUUAUCAAAGCUAUUGGUCAGAUUCGCGUGAUGAUCAUGGUGUUCAUAUCGUAUACUGUUAUAUUACUUACAUUAUCUAUUCUUCAUAACCCUUGGUGGGCAAUACCUGUUGAGAUUCUGGACGGGAUUACGUAUGCAAUGGCAUGGUCAGCUUGUACGUCUUAUCUUGCUGGUGCUGUCCCUGCUGAGUCUGUGACAACUUUACAAGGGAUCCUGCAAGGCAUCUACUGGGGCCUAGGAACAGGGUCCGGUACCAUCACAGGAGGUUACCUCAUCCAUCAUAUCGGUGCCGUCUCUACCUUCCGCAUGACUGCAGCUUUUACAUUCUUGGUUUGUGUUCUGUUCAGCACAAUACAGUGGAAAUGGACCAGUGGAACAGCUAAUGAAUACCCACAAACCAAAUAUACUUACUUGCCAGCAGUAGAGAGUAAAGAUACUGAAACUCUUCUGAGAGGAUAUGAAUUACCGAGGGACAAAAGAAGACACGAACGGACAAAAACUAAACUGAAUAAUCCUUACUGAUCGAUAGCAUCGAUAUCUUUUAUCGCAAUCAUAUGCCUUUCCUGAAAUAAAAAAGAAGGUGCAUUAUGGUCUAGCUUUGGUACAAGCAUCUUUCAUUCAUAUUGCCUCAUAUGGUGUUGUUUAUACCAAAGCCAGACCACAAUGCAUCGUGUUUAACGAAGUUAAGAAAGGUGUGCGCACUGAUCAAUGUCUUUUAUAGGAUACAGACAAUGAUUGCACAACCAAUAUAGAUUUAACUGGCUAUCAAUGUCAUUUCCACGAAUGGAAUUUUACCACCUGACUGAAUAAAAUAAAUAAACAUGAAUAUUAGAUGAA